AUGGCAAAGUACAUUAUCGGGCUCGUAUUCCUUCCUCCGCUCAAAGCUGUGUUCUCCCUCAAACUGCUACUUCCGGAUGCAUCCGACUACCCGAUCUCUCAGUCUCUCGGCCUCGGCGGCAUGAUCCUGAGUACCAAGUCAGCUAUGCGUACCAGCACAAUGGUCAACAUAAAAACAGAAACUGAUGAUGGCAAUCUUGAGGUUCUGCAACAAAGACAGAUGCAGAAUGAGGCAAUGGCUAGUCAAAGCAUCUGUCAGACCAAACAAAGUCUUGCUGGGAAAAAUGCGUCACCAGGUGUUAAUGCAAGUAACACUAAAAUACGCAGAGGUUUGGGGAAAGAUGGCAAGUUCGAAGUCAAUGAAGGUACUACUGGAUUGAGACCGCCAACACCAAUCAACUUAUUUGAAGAUGAAUGUGUUUUCUGCCAUUCAUUUAGAACUAGUGAGGAGUUUCAUGGUCCGAUGGUACAAUAUCAGAAUGGAAGGAUUGUGUCUACCAAUGAGGGCAACCCAACCAAUACCAUUUAUGUCCAUAAAAAAUGCAUGUACUGGGCCCCAAGAGUAUAUCUCAAUGGUGAUAUUAUUGUUAACAUGGAGAAGGAAAUCAGUCGUGCUUCAAGAUUGAAAUGCAGCAGAUGCAACCUCCCAGGAGCAGCUCUUGGUUGUUAUAAUGAACCGUGCGGUCAAACUUAUCAUGUUCCAUGUGCAAGGAUGAUGGUACCAAAAUGCCGUUGGGAUGUUAAAUAUCUCAAUGUUCUGUGCCCCAAGCAUGAAUCCGAUCCAUUACCAGGUGAUGAGAGCUCACCAAUAAUGGAAAGUAACAUUUCUUCGCCCAUCCUUCGGAAUCAAUAUUUAGAUAAACAAGUAAUGCAUGUCAUUUAUAGAAGGGAAGAUCAACAAGUAGAUCAGCUGAACACUUCGAGUUCUUCUUCCUUGCCUCGGGGUCAAUAUUCGGACAUAGAAGGAAUUUCUGCCGAUUACCGGAGAGAAGAAAAACAAAUGAAGCACUCUAGAACCCCUGUGAAUCAAUGGGUCCUACUCGGUUCAGUUUUAAGUGCAUCGGAGAAGGAUUCCCUCAAGGAAUUUGCUUCCUUGACCAAUUCAACCUUGGUUGAGGAAUGGGACAAAAAUGUGACUCAUGUUAUUGUGGGUAGAGGUGCUGGUAGUAAAUCUCUAAAUGAAUCAUAUGAGGUCCUGAUGGCAACACUCUCUGGGAAAUGGGUUGUUACAGCUGGAUGGAUUGUGGAUUGCUUAGUGGAGGCGAUUCCACGUCCAAAAACUUGCUUGGCAGAGCCAAUUCCAGGUCCAGAAAUUUCUUACGAGGUGACAUCGAUUGAUGGACCAAAGAAAGGAAGAGCUGAAGCAACUGAAAUGGCACCAAAGCUGUUCUCCGGACUUCAUUUCUUACUCAGCGCCUACAUGAAGCCAGAAGACACUGGAAACAUAAAAGAUCUCAUAGUAGCCGCCGAAGGGCAGGUACUAGAUGAAAUGAGCCCAUGUUCAUUACAGGAGAAUUUGGACCAAAAUCCAGCCAAGGUAUACUUCGUCUAUGCUUCCACUUAUUGCCUUGAUCUUGGCAAGGAGAUGGAGGAGGCCGUCAAGUACCAGGACUCAGGAGCGCAGGUGAUCAGCGAGUGGAGUCUGUAUGGCGCUAUCGCGGCUUAUGAUGUGCGGAUCCUGGAACGGAUAUCUACUUGAAAUCUGCACUUUAGGCAGAACUAGUUUUUGGCCCUGUUAGUAGGGAUUUUUGGGGUUAGCCUGCAUAGGUCCUGGGGAGAGGGGAUGGUUACAGUUUAGAGAUUGUGAACGUCAGAGGGUACUCACUCCAAUAGUCAGCUUUUGCGGGGGUGAUGGCUUCGAUGUAUUCUUGUUGUUUUGGUGAUGGAUUGGUCGCUGAUCAGCCCAGGCUCUUGCCGUCGGACAACCAUCGUGUAGCGAUCUAGAUGUGCAAUUUGCGCAGUCUCAGUAAGUAACUCUGUUCGGCAACAUCUUAUGUUUGACAUCGUAACAGGUAGACAAAAGAAUGUGGAAUGUGAAAUGUGUUAUGUUU